ACCGCCAUAACCGCCGCAGGAAGAAGAGGCGGAGGAGGAGGAGGAGGAGGAGGAGGAGAAGGAAGCGGACUGGUGGAGGCUGGACGCGGAGCUGCCAGCUGGUCUUUACACCGACUCAGACCUCCAGGAGAAGCAGCGGAGGCGUCUGCGUGCGCGUUGUCGGGUCCUGCAGCUGCAGAGGAGCCGCUGUGUGAUGAAGAACCGAACGGUCUGACCCAGAGGAACCUGCCUUCUCCUUCAGAGAGUGAUGGAUGCAGAGAGUGGGGAGCUGUUUCUCGAUGGCGGCGGCGGCGGCGGGGUGGCAGCAGCUGAUAGCUGGCAGCUCGACGCUCCGUUCUCCUGCUCUGAGCUGGUCUUCAGCAGCUCAGAGAAACCCCUGCAGGACUGGGCGGUGGACCCCGACUGUACUCUGAACGACAGCGAAUCAGAGGACGUCCUCCACGGCGUCGACCCCAACGAGGUGUUUCCCAGCGGCCCGCCCACCGACCCCUCCUCCGAGAGCGACAGCGGCAUCUCUGAGGAUCCCGUCGUCGAGAGUCCCAUCGCCACGGAGACCGCCCAGCCGACCCCGGCGACCGUCUACCAGGUGGUGUACGACAUCAGUGGACUGGGAGGCGUGAAGGCCGAACCCAGACAGGAGAACGUCAUCUCCAUAGAGCUGGAUGAGUGGAGUUCCCAGGUGUUGUUCUCAGACUCGUGCAUCGUUAACGAGCUGCCGAUGAUUUCUGCGGCUCGACUCGACGGCAGCCUGGCCGUCGCCGACCCUCCGAGCCCGGACAGCGGUCUGCUGUAUCCUGAGCUCCAGCUGACGGAGGAGGAGCAGAAGCUGCUGACCCAGGAGGGAGUUUCUCUGCCGAACAACCUUCCUCUCACCAAGGCCGAGGAACGAAUCCUGAAGAAGGUGCGGAGGAAAAUCCGCAACAAGCAGUCUGCUCAGGACAGCCGCCGCAGGAGGAAGGAGUACAUCGACGGACUGGAGAGCAGGGCAGCAGCUUGCUCAGCACAGAACAAGGAGCUGCAGAGGACAGUGGAGCAGCUGGAGAAACACAACAUGUCUCUGCUGGCUCAGCUGCGACAGCUCCAGUCUCUGAUCAAACAGACGGUCAGUAAAGGAGCCCAGACCAGCACCUGCUUACUGAUCAUCCUGGUCUCUCUGGGUCUGAUCAUCAUGCCGAGUUUCAGUCCGUUCAGACGCGACUCGUCCACGGACGACGACUACAGACCCACAGGAGUUAUUUCCAGAAACAUCCUGACAGACCCGUCCUCCUUCCAGCCGGCAGCAGACGAGGUCGACAGUCCGGUUGUUCAGUCCGACUCCUCAUCGUCUCCACUCUCUGAUCUCGGCCAAUCAGGAGGUCCGGAGGGCGUUGUGUUUCCACAGCAACCAAUAGAAAACCCUGAGAAUACAGGUGUGGAUGGUCCGGUCCAGGAGGGGGGCCAAACGGGGAACAGCUCGGCUCUUGUUGCUGGGCAGACUGAACCGCUGGCUCUCGGCUUGAGGUCAGCGGCGGGAAAAGGACGCCACGACCCGGCCAAACCUGCGCACGCCGACGAGAUGUAGACGGAUGCUUUCAACCACAAGAACUGGACUUCAGGUUUGGUGUCGUGCAUCAGAACAUAUCAGUGGCUGCUGAAGGCGACUCUGUUACGAUUCGGAUUAACUGUAAACAGACGACCCAGCAGCGGAUGCUCUGAUUGGUUAGGGCUGAUCAGUACGAGCUGUUAUCUGCUGGAAAAAAGGUCAAUGGGUGUGGAUCAUUAAACCUGAGAGACAAACAUGGCCGCCAGUGUUCAGAGACAAGUCCUGCUCACAUCUCAUCCGCUUGUCGUGACGUCUCAAUCAAUGAAAAUGCUGUUUCCGCACCCAACUUCAGUUGAUAAUCUUCAGUUUUCAAGAAAAACAAAGUUGGAUGCCAACGUGUGCUAACGUUUUCCAGCUAACCUAGCUAACGUUAGCACACGAGUAUUCCUGAUACAAGCUAUGGGUUUUACAGGGUGUUUGUUGCUAUGAGCCCACAUCUUCGAGUUUCGGUUGUCAGCCCUUUCCUGUGCUGGCAAAUAAAGCUAGCUAUCUUCGCCCAGCUAAGGUGACCUUAGUUGACCUUAGCUAGCUAACCUAGGUAUUUUUUGGGCAGCACAGAAAAGGAUUGACAACUGAAUUACGAGGGAAGUUGGACCAGGAAACAGUAUUUUCGUUGGCCGUGACGUCACGACUUAACAAGCGGCUUUAGACCUUAACCACAGUACAACGUUUACGUAUCCCUGUCCAUUUCUACCCUUUGUCUAAAGGAACAAGGAACAUUUUGGUAAACAUGCUAAUCCAGUUUGUUUCUGAGAUGAUGCCUGUAUGAUAAAUAUGAAGCCAGGAGACAGUUAGCUUAGCUUAAAGACUGGAAACUGGAGACAGCUAGCCUGGCUCUGGACAGACUCAGCUGGACCUUAGGUGAGAUCAUUUACUACGAACAUUGAGUUUUAUUUCAGUCGCCAGAAACGUUAACAAGCUGGUUUUACUGUUUUUUUUUUUAGGGCCAUUUCACCCUGGUGUAACAUUUAGUGCCAUUACCCAACAUGACUUACCUGCUGCUUCUUCUUGUGGCCUUUUACCCACCAUAUAUGGUGUUUUAAUCAGUAACCAACGACAUAUAAAAGAGUAAAGUAGCGUCAGUUUCUCAUGUAUCCAGGCUGAGGUUAUGUUGCAUUCAUGUACAGGUGUUUUAAUGCGUCUACUCGACUCGGGGGCUUUUCCAGCCUGGUGUUUGGUGCCUUACGGGGGAGAGAGGGGAGGGAGUUUAGAGCCAAAAUGUCCAGAGAGAUGUGUAUUAUGGAAGAAAACGCCAAAUGAUUUGCUUUUUGUACAUAAUGUUGAGUGUUUUGAACACGAUCAUUGUUGGGAGGGAUUUCUAAUUAUUAGACUGAUGUUUUGAUCGUUGUCUGUUUCACUAAGUGGAUUGGAUUUAUUUAUUUAGUUCCAUUAACAGGAUAGAAACCUGGGGAUUUAAUUUCAGCUUGUAACUCUGUGUUUUAUUGUCAUUUAUUCUCAGUCUUUGGCCUUAACUGGAUCCAAGUUAGAGAGUAAACCUGGUUUAAUCUGCAGUAAAACUUCUAUCUAUAACAGCUUUGUACUGUUUGUGUGAGACUCCUUCAUUCAGCUGCUGCAGGCUUUAUUCGACAUCUUUACUUUAUUAAAAGGGAACAAUUAA